AUGUCUGCUGAAGCUUCUACUUCACCGGCGCCCGCUGAGGCCGGUCCCAACGGUGCCAGCAUCAACACCAAUGUCGGUGCGCCUUCCGGCUCUGAGGUGCCAACUCCCACCUCUGCAGCACCUUCCUCUGCCCAUCACAACUCUGCUUCCCUCUACGUGGGCGAGCUCGAUCCUUCUGUCACCGAAGCCAUGUUGUUCGAGCUCUUCUCCUCCAUCGGCCAGGUAGCUUCGAUUCGUGUCUGCCGUGACGCCGUUACUCGUCGCUCUCUCGGAUACGCUUAUGUCAACUACAACUCUUCCGAGGACGGAGAGAAGGCUUUGGAGGAGCUCAACUACACUGUCAUCAAAGGAAAGCCCUGCCGCAUCAUGUGGUCCCAGCGUGACCCAGCUCUGCGCAAGACUGGUCAAGGAAAUGUCUUCAUCAAAAACCUGGAUGUUGCUAUCGACAACAAGGCUCUCCACGAUACAUUUGCCGCGUUUGGCAACAUCCUCAGUUGCAAGGUCGCUCAGGAUGAGCAAGGCAACUCCAAGGGUUACGGAUUCGUUCACUACGAGACUGCCGAGGCAGCCACCAAUGCCAUCAAGCAUGUCAACGGUAUGUUGUUGAACGAGAAGAAGGUUUUCGUUGGUCACCAUAUUCCUAAGAAGGAUCGCAUGAGCAAGUUUGAGGAGAUGAAGGCCAAUUUCACCAACAUCUACGUCAAGAACAUUGAUCUAGAGGCUACUGAGGAAGAGUUCCGCGCUCUUUUCGAGAAGCACGGUCCUAUCACCUCCGCCUCUUUGGCUGUUGAUGAUGCUGGUAAGAGCCGUGGCUUUGGUUUCGUCAACUUCAUCAAGCACGAGGAUGCUUCUGUCGCAGUGGACACACUGAACGAUUCUGACUUUAAGGGUCAGAAGCUGUACGUGGGCCGUGCGCAGAAGAAGCACGAACGUGAGGAGGAGCUCCGUAAGCAAUAUGAGGCUGCCCGUAUUGAGAAGCAGUCGAAGUACCAGGGCGUUAAUCUGUACGUCAAAAACCUCAAUGACGAUGUGGAUGAUGAUAAGCUACGCGAUAUGUUUGCGCCAUACGGCAACAUUACCUCCGCCAAGGUCAUGCGUGACACUCUCCCCGCUGAUGGUGCUGAGGCUGAGGAAAACAAGGAUGAGGACGAGGCAAAGACUGAGAAGGAUGAGGCAAAGAAAGACGAAGAGAGCGAAGACAAGAAGGAAGGCUCAGGCGACGAGUCAAAGGACACCAAGGAGAAGGACAAGGUCACCAUCAAGGGCGAGAAGAAGAUUCUUGGCAAGAGCAAAGGUUUCGGCUUCGUGUGCUUCAGCAAUCCUGAUGAGGCUACCAAGGCUGUUACCGAGAUGAAUCAAAAGAUGUUUGAGAGCAAGCCUCUAUACGUUGCUCUCGCUCAGCGUAAGGAUGUGCGCAAGAGUCAGCUCGAGGCCACCAUCCAAGCUCGUAAUCAAAUUCGUCUCCAACAGCAGGCUGCUGUCGCCGGUGGCAUGCCCACCCAGGGAUUCAUUCAACCCCAGAUGUUCUUCCCUCCUGGUCAGCAGGGCUUCAUGCCUCCGAAUGCUCGUGGUCAGAUGCCAUUCCCCGUAAUGCCGAGCGGAGGACAAGGAGGACGCGGAGCUGGCUUCCCUGGUGGUCCUCAACAAGGUGGACGUGGCGGCCCCAACGGCCAGCAAAUGCCACCAAUGUAUGGUAUGCCACCAAACAUGCCUCCUGGCGCCUUCCCUCCGUACAUGAACCCUCAGUACCUGCAGCAGGUCGCUCAAGUACAAGCCGCUGCUAUGGGCGGUCGUGGUUCUGGUGGUCGUGGUGGUCCAAUGGGUGGUGCUCCUGGCAUGCCUCAGAUGCCUCCGAUGGUUCCAGGCAUGCGUGGUGGUCAGCAAGCCGGUCAAGGCGGCCGUGGUGGUUUCCAGCAAAAUGGACGCUCAGGCCAAGGUGGUCUUGGAUUUCCCCAAGGUCGUCCUGCCCCUGGUCAGACUGGCCAGUCCGGACCAUUGCCCCCUGUUGAUGGUGUUGACGUCAACGCUCUGAACGCUGCUCCACCACAGACUCAGAAACAGAUGCUCGGUGAGGCUCUGUACCCCAAGAUCCACACUCAGCAGCCCGAGUUGGCUGGUAAGAUCACUGGUAUGUUGUUGGAGAUGGACAAUACCGAGCUCAUCAACCUGAUUAACGACGAGGUCGCUCUUCGUGCCAAGGUUGAUGAAGCUAUGAACGUGUAUGACGAAUAUGUCAAGUCUAAAGGCGAAGGCGAGGGUGAGGCCCCCAAUGACGCUGGCAAAAAAGAGGGUGAGGAGAAGGCUUGA